UCCCUUUUUGUGUCAGAACUAUAUUCAAGCGUGUUGUAAAAGUUCUGAGGUGCUCCUUUCUUUUUCUGUUUUUCUAGAAUAUCAAGGGACAUGAGAAAUGGCACAACAAUCACAGAGUCUAUUCCCAUCAUACAGAUCCCUCUCUUUACAGUGAUCUUUCUCAUCUACAUAUUAACCCUUGCAGGCAAUGGGCUCAUUAUUGUCAUUGUCUGGGCAGAGCCCAGGCUACAAAUGCCAAUGUAUUUCUUCCUUUGCAACUUGUCCUUCCUUGAGAUCUGGUACACCACCACGGUUAUCCCCAAACUGCUAGAAACCUUUGUAGUGGCAACAACAGUCAUUUGCAUUCCCUGCUGCCUCCUGCAGGCCUUCUUCCACUUCUUCCUGGGCACUACCGAGUUCCUCAUUCUCACUGCCAUGUCUUUCAACCGCUACAUGGCCAUCUGCAAGCCCCUUCGCUACCCCACCAUCAUGACCAGCAACCUCUGCCUGCGGCUGGCCUUCAGCUCCUGGGUAGCAGGCUUCACCAUUAUCUUCUGUCAGACACUGCCACUCAUUCAGCUGCCAUUCUGUGGCAACAACAUCAUCAAUCAUUUCUACUGUGAUGUUGGUCCAAUCUUGAAAGCAGCCUGUACUGACACCACACUUUUGGAGCUCCUGGAUCUCCUGGCAACCAGCUUGGUGAUCCCAGGGUCAGUCCUCUUAACAAUGAUUUCUUAUAUCUACAUGUCCACCCUCCUACGGAUUUCUUCAGCCACUGGCCGCCAGAAGUCUUUCUCUACCUGUACCUCUCACCUGAUGGUUGUCUCCCUGCUCUACGGAGCUGUUCUGUUCAGGUACCUGAAAGCCACAAUGCACUCCUCUUUUAAGAUUAAAAUAGCAUCUGUGCUAAAUACUAUCCUCACCCCUCUUCUGAAUCCCUUUAUUUAUACAAAGAAUAAGGAGGUGAAUGGAGCCAUAAGGAAGGUAACCGCUUGUUCAAGGGCUUGUCCUCAAGAGAAUAAUGUGCAACACAGUCCAUAGUUUGAGUUGUAGCACUUAAGGAGCAUUGUAAGUCUACCAGAGAAUCAGUUCUAGCAGCUGGAAAUGCCAGAGUUAGAGAAGCGUAUCCAAGUCCUACACUGAUGUUCCUAACACCUGAGCAUCAAGAGUGAUGGGAGUUGCAGGAAAACAUCUGCGGAGCCAUGCAUCAGAUCCAAUUUUCUUCACCAGUUUGAAUCACCAAGGUCCAAAGACACCAAGGGGUCUUUUGUCUAGCUCCAGUGCCAGGAAAAGCCAGAAAGCUGUUUUGAGGAAAAGGAGCCCUGGCUACAGAAACAUGACAGAGCUUGAGACUUCACAUUGCACCCUGCUGUUUAUUGGGUUUCUAGAGUCCAAAUGUCUUUCCAAAAUGUAUAUAGUCCACCUUUCUCCAAGAAAGAAGGAAA